AAAACGUAAACAAUUUUAAUAAGAGGAUUAAAUAAAGCUGGAUAAUCAACGCAGCGCAUAAUAUAAGUGAUGGAUAGUCAAGCACCUAUUGAUGAUCUAUUAUUGGACAUUGUGGACAAUGCUUGGCGAAUGGAAGUAUUGCCCUUCGAUCAGAUAUUAGUACCAAUCGAGAAACUACCCGAUCCCGAAGCCGACGGCGGUGAUUCACAUCUAACAUUGAGUGAACAGGAACAAAAGUGGACGGACCUGGCGCUUGGCUCACUUGCUCCGGACGCCGCUUUAAUUGAUCAGUUGAAUAUAACAGCUAUCUAACCAAGGACGAGCAACGCCCGCGGCAGCACGUCUACGACGCUACUCCUGCCACAAAUUCACUUAAC